AUAGAAUUUUAUUUACGUGCACUAACUACAUAUAGCACUGUGAUAUCAAAAAAGCAUUUAGUUUUGUGGAGCCAACCAAAUUUACAAACAUGGUGUGUGUUCCUUGUUUCAUCAUUCCCGUGUUGUUAUUUCUAUGGCAUAAGUUUAUUCAGCCUUAUGUGCUGCGCUUCUGGAAUCCAUGGGCCGUUAAAGAUGCUGACGGAAACGUGAAAACUGAGUUCCCGUUUAAAUGUGAAGGAGGAGUUUGCGCCUUUAGCAGAGGGUCUGGGAAGAAAGAAAAGCUAGAAGAAAAUAAACCAGAUGACGUAUCAGCUGAUCCUUGCAAUGACACUGCUCCUACUUCUGACGCGAGGCUCAAAGCAGAUUAAAACACAGCAAACGCUCGUUAGCCUUUACUCUGGUGGUAGUCCUUCAAUGCAUUUAUAUUUUCGUAUCUGACUAGAUAACUAAUGAAAAAUGAAAUAUUUUAAA